AUGGAGCACCGGGCAGCCCGCGCCUGCCUCGCCUUGCUGUGGGGCUGCGCUUUGGUGGCGGCCGCGGUGGCGCAGGGCAAGGAAGUUGUCCUCUUGGACCUCGCGGAAGCUAAAGGGGAGCUCGGCUGGCUCACGUACCCCUAUGGCAAAGGGUGGGACGUGGCACAGAACAUCAUGAAUGACAUGCCCAUCUACAUGUACACGGUGUGCAAUGUGGUGACCGGUGACCAGGACAACUGGCUGCGCACUAACUGGGUAUACCGCGGUGAGGCCGAGCGUAUUUUCAUCGAGCUCAAGUUCACCGUGCGGGAUUGCAACAGCUUCCCCGGUGGUGCUAGCUCCUGCAAGGAGACCUUCAACCUCUACUACUUCGAGUCAGACAUGGACUAUGGCACCAACUUCCAGAAGCGGCAUUUCACCAAGAUUGACACCAUCGCGCCCGAUGAGAUCACCCGCAGCAGCGACUUUGAGGCUCGCCAGGUGAAGCUGAAUGUGGAGGAGCGCACUGUGGGGCCACUCACACGCAAGGGCUUCUACCUGGCCUUCCAGGACAUCGGAGCCUGCGUGGCACUGCUUUCUGUCCGCGUCUAUUACAAGAAGUGUCCAGAACUGGUGCAGGGCCUGGCCCACUUCCCUGAGACCAUUGCAGGCUCUGACGCACCAUCCCUGGCCACAGUGGCUGGCACCUGUGUGGCACACGCCAUGGUGCUGUCUGGGGGAGAAGAGCCCCGCAUGCACUGUGCAGUGGAUGGUGAGUGGCUGGUGCCUAUUGGGCAGUGCCUGUGCGAGGAAGGCUAUGAGAAGGUGGAGGACACCUGCCAAGCCUGUUCACCGGGAUUCUUCAAGUCCCAGGCAUCUGAGGGCCCCUGCCUGGAGUGCCCUGCGCACACGCUGCCGUCCCCCGAAGGUGCCACCUCCUGCGCAUGUGAGGAAGGCUACUUCCGGGCCCCAGAGGACGCGCUGUCCACACCCUGUACUCGCCCCCCCUCCGCCCCGCACUUCCUCACGGCCAUGGGCAGGGGUGCAAAGGUGGAGCUGCGCUGGACGCCACCGCAGGACACUGGGGGCCGCGAGGACAUCGUCUACAGGGUCACCUGCGAACAGUGCUGGCCGGAGUCCGGCGAGUGUGGGCCCUGUGAGGCCAGUGUGAGCUACUCGGAGCCCCCACACGCCCUCACCCGCACCAGCGUGAUGGUCAGUGACCUGGAGCCGCACAUGAACUACACCUUUGCGGUUGAGGCCCGCAAUGGCGUCUCGGAGCUGGUGACCAGCAGAAGCUUCCGCACUGCCAGUGUCAGCAUCAACCAGACAGAGCCCCCCAAAGUGAGGCUGGAGGGGCGCACCACCACUUCGCUGACCAUCACCUGGAGCAUCCCUGUGCCACAGCGGAGCCGCGUGUGGAAGUAUGAGAUCACCUAUCACAAGAAGGGGGAUGCCAACAGCUACAAUGUGCACCGCACCGAGGGCUUCUCUGUGACCUUGAAAAACCUGGCUCCGGACACCACCUAUCUGGUCCAGGUGCAGGCGCUGACACAGGAGGGUCAGGGGGCUGGCAGCAAGGAGCACGAGUUCCAGACACUGUCCUUGGAAGGAUCUAGCAACAUGGCAGUGAUUGGUGGUGUGUCCGUCGGUGUUGUCUUGCUCCUGGUGCUGGCUGGAAUCGGCUUCUUCAUCCACCGCAGGAGGAAGAGACUCCGUGCUCGCCAGUCCUCAGAGGAUGUUUACUUCUCCAAGUCAGAACAACUGAAGCCCCUGAAGACAUACGUGGACCCCCACACAUAUGAAGACCCCAACCAGGCUGUGCUCAAGUUCACCACCGAGAUCCAUCCGUCCUGCAUCACGCGGCAGAAGGUGAUCGGGGCAGGAGAGUUUGGGGAGGUGUACAAGGGGACGUUGAAGUCGUCCUCAGGGAAGAAGGAGGUGCCUGUGGCCAUCAAGACACUGAAAGCCGGCUACACGGAGAAGCAGCGGGUGGACUUCCUGAGUGAGGCCAGCAUCAUGGGCCAGUUCAGCCACCAUAACAUCAUCCGCCUGGAGGGUGUCAUCUCCAAAUACAAGCCCAUGAUGAUCGUCACAGAGUACAUGGAGAACGGGGCCCUAGACAAGUUCCUUCGGGAGAAGGAUGGCGAGUUCAGUGUGCUGCAACUGGUGGGCAUGCUUCGGGGCAUCGCAUCUGGCAUGAAGUACCUGGCCAACAUGAACUAUGUGCACCGCGACCUGGCUGCCCGCAACAUCCUUGUCAACAGCAACCUGGUCUGCAAGGUGUCCGACUUUGGUCUGUCCCGCGUGCUGGAGGAUGAUCCCGAGGCCACCUACACCACCAGUGGUGGCAAGAUCCCCAUCCGAUGGACAGCCCCGGAGGCCAUCUCCUACCGAAAGUUCACCUCAGCCAGUGAUGUGUGGAGUUACGGCAUCGUCAUGUGGGAGGUGAUGACCUAUGGCGAGCGGCCCUACUGGGAGCUGUCGAACCAUGAGGUGAUGAAAGCCAUCAAUGAUGGCUUCCGGCUCCCCACGCCCAUGGACUGCCCCUCGGCCAUUUACCAGCUCAUGAUGCAGUGCUGGCAGCAGGAGCGUGCCCGCCGCCCCAAGUUUGCGGACAUCGUCAGCAUCCUCGACAAGCUCAUCCGAGCCCCCAACUCCCUCAAGACCCUGGCUGACUUUGACCCGAGGGUGUCCAUCCGGCUGCCCAGCACCAGUGGCUCGGAGGGCGUCCCCUUCCGCACAGUGUCCGAGUGGCUGGAGUCCAUCAAGAUGCAGCAGUACACGGAGCACUUCAUGGCAGCCGGCUACACCACCAUCGAGAAGGUGGUGCAGAUGACCAACGACGACAUCAAGAGGAUUGGGGUGCGGCUUCCGGGCCACCAGAAGCGCAUCGCCUACAGCUUGCUGGGCCUCAAGGACCAGGUGAACACUGUAGGGAUCCCCAUCUGAGCGCCGACCGGGCCUUGAGUCCCCCUGGAAAAAAAUACUUGAAGAAACAAAGUGCCCUUCCUGCCGUCUCCUCGCCGGGCCACCAAGGACCUUAUUUAUUUCUAGCUGUUCCUUAUGGACCACACUGAGGCCUCUACUGGGAACCUGGGAUAACACUGUGGCCUGAACUGGUAGGCUGCUCCAGGAGGCCGGGCCCAGCCUCUUCCCCUGCUGAGCACUUAGCAGGCACCAUCCUGUUCCCAGCAUCUCCCAGGGCAGGAGCCCUGCCAAGUCGGUGGACAGCACAGGGGCCAUUUCUACACUGACCUCCCGUUCCACCUCUUCUGGGAGAAGCCAUCUUGGAAGAUGGAGGCUCGGCCCACGGCCAAGCGAAUAGGGUACCUCAGGCCUCAACCCUCAUGACAAGAGGACGGACGUUGAACUCAGCUCAGCGAGCCCCGAAGUGGACCUCCAUCCCUCCAGUGCCUUUUCUCAGGCCCCUAGGACCUGUCCUCGGCCCUCAUGGGUCAGUCUUUUGCUUUCCUGGGGCCCUCUCAGGGUGCUUGGUUGUGCUGAGGUUUUUUUAACUAUACAUUUUGUACUUUGUGGAGAGAAUGUGUGUGGCAGGGGGCCCCACCGGGGCUGGGGCCAGACAUUCCAGGCUGGGUGGGCAGUGUGCUACAGGAGUCCCUGGCUUUGCCAGCCCACCCAUCUCCACCUCUUUAGAUGACUUCUGUCAGUGUUAAUGAUUUUGUUUUACUGGGUUUUUUUUGAACCUUAAUUUAUUAUUUUUUUAUAUUUAUUGUUAGAAAAUGACUUAUUUCUGCUCUGGAAUAAAGUUGCAGAUGGCUCAAAUUGA